CCAUCUCCCCUCAGCGUCUCCGCCCCGAGCAGCGGCCGCCCGGAAGUGGUCCUUGGCUAAGUCCGGGUACCCGGAACCUAAUGUCGGCGCUCCCGGAAGCGUCUCCGUGAAGGGGGCGCGCCCGGCCGGGGCAAGUGCUUGCUUGCACCUGCUUGCGGGUGCGCGGGACAGGGGGUUUCGCCAUGGCCAGCGAGUUGGACAUUUUCGUAGGGAACACGACCCUAAUCGAUGAGGACGUGUAUCGCCUGUGGCUGGAUGGAUACUCAGUGAACGACGCGGUGGCCCUGCGGGUGCGCUCGGGGAUCCUGGAGCAGACGGGCGCCACGGCCGCCGUGUUGCAGAGCGACACCAUGGACCACUACCGCACCUUCCACAUGCUGGAGCGCCUGCUGCACGCGCCGCCCAAGCUGCUGCACCAGCUCAUCUUCCAGAUCCCGCCCUCGCGGCAGGCGCUGCUUAUUGAGAGGUACUACGCCUUUGAUGAGGCCUUUGUCCGGGAGGUGCUGGGCAAGAAGUUGUCUAAGGGCACCAAGAAAGACUUAGAUGACAUCAGCGCCAAGACUGGCAUCACCCUCAAGAGCUGCCGCCGACAGUUUGACAACUUCAAGCGAGUCUUCAAGGUGGUGGAGGAGAUGCGGGGCUCACUAAGUGACAACAUCCAGCAACACUUCCUACUCUCAGACCGCCUGGCCAGGGACUAUGCGGCCAUUGUCUUCUUUGCCAAUAACCGCUUUGAGACGGGCAAGAAAAAGCUGCAGUACCUCAGCUUCGGUGACUUCGCCUACUGUGCUGAGCUCAUGAUCCAGAACUGGACCCUCGGGGCUGGCGACUCCCGGGCUGAUGACAUGGACAUGGACUUGGACAAGGAGUUUCUGCAGGACUUGAAGGAGCUCAAGGUGCUUGUGGCUGAUAAGGACCUUCUAGACCUGCACAAGAGCCUGGUGUGCACCGCCCUCCGGGGGAAGCUGGGUGUCUUCUCUGAGAUGGAAGCCAACUUCAAGAACCUGUCCCGGGGGCUGGUGAACGUGGCCGCCAAGCUGACCCACAACAAGGACGUCAGGGACCUGUUUGUAGAUCUGGUGGAGAAGUUCGUGGAACCCUGCCGCUCGGACCACUGGCCGCUGGGGGAUGUGCGGCUCUUCCUCAGUCAGUAUAUGGCGUCUGUGCACUCCCUGGAUGGCUUCCGGCACCAGGCACUCUGGGACCGCUACAUGAGCACGCUCCGGGGCUGCCUUCUGCGCCUCUACCACGACUAAGCCCCCCACCCAGCUGCUGCCCACACCCACAAUAAAGUUGCCAAGAGUUU